AUCGCCAUAGUAUAUAUAGAAGGAUGUCAUCCGAUUCAGCCAUCAGUACGCAUCGACAUCCUUGAAAGGCUUAUUUUCUUGGAUCAGUUCGCAUACACGUAGUCACUAAAUAAACAUUACGAAACCAAAAACAUGCUUACGCAAGCGAUUAAAAGUGCAUAAAACCUCGAUUUCCAAAAUGUGGGCUAUUGGAUCAUUUAACAAGGAAAAGUGAAUUCCCUAUCGCAAUCAAACAUUCACCUGCAUAAGUGCUGACGAGCGCCCAUUUUCACGGAUACUGUAUUGCCGAUCAACGAAUCAGCUAAUAACGUCGAUAACAAUUGAAUUGAUUUUCCCCUUAACCAAUCAACCCAAACAGAUAAAUAGCAAUCGAGAUGGGUAGAAAGCAUGAGCCGAUGAAAACAUCUUCCUCGCGAUGGCAAACGCUGCGAGCCAAUCUUCCGCGUCUCGUCGACAAGUACUGCGGCCACGAUUUGAAGUGCUGGCAAUCGUGUGAUGGAUUUAUGGCGCUUAUGUACCGCCCAACGGAUGCCGCAGCCCUCGGAGUAGCACGGAUGCUGUUCGGGCUGAUGAUGCUGAUUGAUAUUCCCGAGGAGCGCGGAGGUGGAGAUCUAGACUUUCGCUGGGGCGAUCCCAGCGGCUGCAAAUUUCCACUGAUCAACGGCAUGGAACCGAUGAGUUAUCCGCGGAUGGGAAUCGUCUAUUUGAUUAUGUGGCUGGGAGCGUUGGGGAUUAUGUUGGGCUAUCGAUUCCGGCUAACUAGCUUGAUGUUUGUUAUUAGCUAUUGGUACGUGUUUCUGCUGGACAAAAGUGCUUGGAAUAAUCAUAGCUACUUGUAUGGAUUGCUUGGAACAUUAUUUCUAUUUACGGAUGCCCACAAGUUCCUCUCAUUGGAUGCUCUUAGGGACAAAGGCCUGCAGCGAGAAGUGCCGUUUUGGAAUUAUUUCAUACUGAAAUAUCAGUUCUUCAUACUGUACUUUCUAGCGGGAUUGAAAAAAAUGUGUGCAGAAUGGCUCUCCGGAUAUGCCAUGACCAAUCUGAGCUACCACUGGGUGUUUCUUCCAUUCAGAUUACUCAUCGGAGCGAAGCUUACCGACCUGUUGAUUAUUCACUGGUUCGGUUGCAUAUUCGACACAUCGGUAGUAUUUUUCCUGAUAUACGCUCCCACUCGAAAAAUGGCCACGCUGUUCGCUUGUGCUUUCCAUCUGAUGAAUUCACGCCUAUUCCACAUUGGAAUGUUCCCAUGGGUAUGUUUAACGCAACUUCCCCUGUACUACAGCGUCAGUUGGCCACGGAUAGUGUGGGAAAAGCUAUCGCUUAAUAAUAAUAAGUGCCACGAUAAGGUUGACAAACUAAAAGAGACACCAAAUUGUCCGAAACCUCAAAGCACACCAACAAUGCGAAAUAAAAUGGCCAUGUUUUCUAUGGUUUUCUAUUGUGGGCUGCAACUUUUCCUACCAUAUUCUCACUUCAUCACCAAGGGAUAUAAUAACUGGACUAAUGGCCUGUAUGGAUACUCCUGGGACAUGAUGGUUCAUGCUUGGGAUACGGUACUCACAUCUAUCAAGGUUGUGGACAACCAUAACAACCAUAGUCUCUAUCUUCUGCCGUACGCCUUCGUGGAUAAUGAUCGAUGGACCAAGCAUGCUGAUAUGGCUUACCAGUUUGCCCAUUGCAUUGAUAGAAACAUUCACGAAGAAUACCGGACUGAUCGCAUAUCGAUGACAAAUUUUUCUGUCCAUUUCGACAUCUGGUGCAGCAUGAAUGGACGAUUCUUGCAACGCAUAUUCAAUCCCCAAGUUGACAUACUAACCGCCAGCUGGUCACCAUUCAAAGCAGUCGAUUGGUUGUUACCACUGCUUCAUGAAUUCACAGAAAUGCGAUCCAUGAUAGAUAAAAUGACCCACGAAGUACACUCUUGGAGUAAUACUUCCGAUGUGCUGUUCGUAGCGGAUUUUCCUGGAUUGACGUUAGAUAACUACAUAGUUCCCGAUAUGGACAAUGUCACCUUGACCAUACUGGAAGGAAGUGUAGAAUACAGACACGCUAAAGAUAGUAAAAUCAAGCAUUUACAAAAAGGACAGAGUCUGCAUAACAUCCCUCCAAUGUUCCACCAUGUGACCACCACUAGUACGACACCGUCGUCUAUGUUGUACACAUACGUUAACAAAACCAUGAAAGCUGCCCCAACGGAGGAAGAACUGGCCGAGAGAAGGCAAUCCAAACCGAUGCUACCGUUGUGGAAUGAGUUCAAUCAAAGAUACCGAAACUAUGUGAGAUUCCUGCAGCACGUGGGUAAUUCGUUGCUGUAUGAAAUCUACGGCGUUCCGAUGCCGAGAAGAGUGAGAAUCACGCCAGAUGAGACUACGUGGACAACCGAAUGAAUGGGAUUAU